ACAUAAUUCACAAAAAACCCUAAAAGUUUUAUUUCUUUUUUAGUGGAAUGUUUUUUAAUAAUUUAUUCUUUGCAUAAAGGAGUUUCAGAUGGCCUUUUUCCAGAAAAUCUUCAGAAUUUGUUCAUGUAGAAAAGAAUUUCUGCAAGAUGUUUCACCUUAAUCCAAACUUCCGCAUUCCUGAGUUGAGCUCUAUUCUUCACUCUAAAUUAGUGGUAACUCCAGAAAUUUAGUGGCAUAAAAUAUUGUUGCCCCCACCUGAAAAUCUCAUUGACACAAGCCAUUUUUGAUUCAGCAGUACCAGGUAGUAAAAUUUAAAAAACCUAUAAGCAGGGCCCAGCGUGGUGGCCAGGUGCCAGCACUUUGGGAGGCUGAGGCAGGCAGAUCACCAGAGGUCUGGAUUUCGAGACCAGCCUGACCAACAUGAAGAAACUCCAUCUCUACUGAAAAUACAAAAUUAACCAGGCAUGGUGGCUCAGGCCUGUAAUCCCAGCUACUCCAGAGGCUGAGACAGCAGAAUCGCUUGAACCUGGGAGGCUGAAGUUUUGGUAUUGUUGUCUCCAAGCCAGAACUGAUCACCUGUCUGGAGCAAGGAAAAAAACCUCUGACCAUGAAGAGACAUGAGAUGAUUGCCAAACCCCCAGUUAUGUGUUCUCAUUUUGCCCAAGAACUUUGGCCAGAGCAGAACAUAAAAGAUUCUUUUCAAAAAGUGAUACUGAGAAGAUAUAAAAAAUGUGGACAUGGCAAUUUACGGUUAAAAAAAGGAUGUCAAAGUGUGGAUGAGUGUAAGGUGCACAAAAGAGGUUAUAAUGGGCUUAACCAAUGUUUGACAACUACCCAUUGCAAAAUAUUUCAAUGUGAUAAAUAUGUGAAAGUCUUUCAUCAAUUUUCAAAUUCAAACAGACAAAAGAGAAGACAUACUGUAAAAAAACCUUUGAAACAUAUAGAAUGUGGCAAAGCUUUUAAACAGUCCUCAACCCUUACUACACGUAAGAAAAUUCAUACUGGAGAGAAACCCUACAAAUGUGAAGAAUGCGGCAAAGACUUCAACUGGUCCUCAACUCUUUCUACAGAUAAGAUAACUCAUACUAGAGAGAAACCCUACAAAUGUGAAGAAUGUGGCAAAGCCUUUAAGCACUCCUCUACCCUUACUACACAUAAGAUAAUUCAUACUGGAGAGAAAUCCCACAAUUGUGAGGAGUGUGGCAAAGCCUUUAACUGGUCCUCACAGCUUGCUAGUCAUAAGAUAACUCAUACUGGAGAGCAACCCUACAAAUGUAAAGAAUGUGGCAAAGCUUUUAACCAUCCCACAACCCCUUCUUCACAUAAGAAAACUCAUACUGGAGAGAAACCAUGCAAGUGUGAUAAAUGUGGCAAAGCCUUUAUUUUUUCCUCAUCUCUUAGUAAACAUGAGAAGAUUCAUACUGGAGAGAAACCCUACAAAUGUGAAGAAUGUGGCAAAGCCUUCAGAUGGUCUUCACACCUUACUACACAUAAGAGAAUACAUACUGGAGAGAAACCCUACAAAUGUGAAGAAUGUGGCAAAGCCUUCACCUGUUCCUCACAGCUUACUAGGCAUAAGAAAAUUCAUGCUGGAGAGAAACCAUACAAGUGUGAUAAAUGUGGCAAAGCCUUUAUUUUUUCCUCAUCCCUUAGUAAACAUGAGAAGAUUCAUACUGGAGAGAAACCCUACAAGUGUGAAGAAUGUGGCAAAGCCUUCAGAUGGUCAUCACACCUUACUACACAUAAGAGAAUUCAUACUGGAGAGAAACCCUACAAAUGUGAAGAAUGUGGCAAAGCCUUCAGGUGGUCCUCACAUCUAACUACACAUAAGAUAACUCAUACUAGAGAGAAACCCUACAAAUGUGAAGAAUGUGGCAAAGCCUUUAAGUAUUCCUCUACCCUUACUAAACAUAAGAUAAUCCAUACUGGAGAGAAAUCCUACAAAUGUGAAGAGUGUGGCAAAGCCUUUAACUGGUCCUCACAGCUUGCUAUUCAUAAGAUAACUCAUACUGGAGAGCAACCCUACAAAUGUAAAGAAUGUGGCAAAGCUUUUAACUGUCCUGCAACCCUUUCUUCACAUAGGAAAACUCAUACUGGAGAGAAACCAUACAAGUGUGAUAAAUGUGGCAAAGCCUUUAUUUCAUCCUCAAACCUUAAUAAACAUGAGAAGAUUCAUACUGGAGAGAAACCCUACAAAUGUGAAGAAUGUGGCAAAGCCUUCACCCAUUCCUCACACCUUACUAGGCAUAAGAAAAUUCAUGCUGGAGAGAAACCAUACAAGUGUUAUAAAUGUGGCACAGCCUUUAUUUUAUCCUCAACCCUUAGUGAACAUCAGAAGAUUCAUACUGGAGAGAAAUUCUACAAAUGUGAAGAAUGUGGCAAAGCCUUCAACCAUUUUUCACACCUUACUAUACACGACAAUUCAUACUGGAGAGAAAUGCUAUAAAUGUGAUGAAUGUGGCAAAACCUUUACAUGGUCCUCAAGCCUCCAUAAACAUGGGAGAACUCAUGCUGGAGAGAAACCCUACAAAUGUGAAGAAUGUGGCAAAACUUUUACUGCAUCCUCAACUCUAAGUGAAUGUAAGGCAAUUCAUACUGGAGAGAAACCUUACAAAUGUGAAGAAUGUGGCAAAGCUUUUAACUGGUCCUCAGACUUUAAUAAACAUAAGAGAAUUCAUAUUGGACAGAAACCAAUAAUGUAACAAAGCUUUAUUUUUUUAUUUACUUAUUUUUGAGAUGGAGUUUCACUCUUGUUGUCCAGGCUGGAGUGCAAUGGUGCAAUCUUGGCUCACCAUCACCUCCAUCUCCCAGGUUCAAGCAAUUCUCCUGCCACAGUCUUCCUGUGUAGCUAAGAUUACAGGCAUGUGCCACCACACCUGGCUAAUUUUGCAUUUUUAGUACAGAUGGGGUUUCUCCAUGUUGGUUAGGCUGGUCUUCAGCUGCCAACCUCAAGGGAUCCACCCACCUUGGCCUCCCAAAGUGCCAGGAUUACAGGCAUGAGCCACUGCACCAGGCUGACAAACCUUUGUAAGGAAGUCCUCAACACUUAUUACACAUAAUUCAUACUGGACAGAAACCCUACAGGUGUGAAGAAUUUGGCAAAGCCUAUAACAAGUUCUCAAUUUUUUUUUCUUUUUUUGAGAUGCAGUUUCACUCUUGUGACCCAGGCUGGAGUGCAAUGGCAUGAUCUCAGCUCACUGCAACCUUAGUCUCCUGGGUAGCUGGGAUUACAGGUGCCCACCACCACACCCAGCUAAUUUUUGUAGUUUUAGUAGAGAUGGGGUUUUGCCAUGUUUGCCAGGCUCAUCUCAAACUCCUGACUUCAGUUGAUCCACCCACCUUGGCCUCCUAAAGUGCUGGGAUUACAGGCAUAAGCCUCCAUUCCUAGCCAUAAGUUCUCAAUUCUUAAGAGACAUGACAAUAAUUCAUGCUGAAGAGGAACUCUACAAACCUAAAAGACGUGACAGUGCUGUUCCCAACACCUCCAACUUUUCUAUAUAUAAAAAAAUUAUACUAGUGUGAAAUUGUAGAAAUGUAUAAAAUGUGACAAAGCCUUUAUUUGGUUGCCACACUUGAUAAAUAUAAAAAAAUAAAAAAUUGUUUAAAAU